AUGAAUUCCCUUGAAUUCUUGACUGCCGCUGAUGCCCAAGCAAACCGAGAGAGGAUGAACCGACUUGCUCCGGUUACUAACCGUUGCACUUCGCGCCAAAAUAGAACCCUCUUAAAUUUCCAAGUUUCACGCGAUUCCAACUCUAACGAGCAUUCAUAUGCUUCAACGCUGAAACUGCUCAAGCGGCGAAAGCAUAUUCAAGAAAUCCAUGCCAGCCUAGUGACAUCAGGUCUUUGCCGGAACAUUUUCCUAUGCAAUAGCUUAUUGAACUCGUAUGUUCGUUGUGGACUUCUAGCGGAUGCCCAGAAACUGUUUUCUCGAGUUGUGGGUAAAAAUUUGGUUUCUUGGACAAUAUUGAUCUCCGGGUUCGUAAAAAAUGGUCAUUUUGUUGAAGCUACUGAGACUUUUCUUGAGAUGAUUAUGUAUGGGUUGAGGCCUAAUGAGAUUACGAUUUCGAGUACUUUGCCAGCUUUUGGGGAAUUGGGAUUGACUCUUACGGGGAAAUCGGUACAUUGUUAUUGGAUUAGGCAAAAUUUUGGAAAGAAUGUAUAUGUGGAAACAGCAUUGGUUGACAUGUACUCAAAAAUGGGGCGGCCAAUUAGUGCCAGACACAUAUUUGAUAAUAUGUCUGAAAGGAAUAGCGUUUCCUGGAAUGCAAUGCUUUCUGCUUAUUCAGAUAAUGGAUUUGGUGUGGAAGCGAUUCAACUGUUUAGUUUGAUGAGAAGGGAGAGGAUUUCCGCGGAUGCCCUAACAAUCAUGAGCUUAAUAUCAGCUUCUUCAAUUGCAGGAAAUAUGCAAAUAAUGAGUGGAGUCCAUGCUUUAGCAGUUAGACUUGGAUGUGAGGAUGAUCUUGUUAAGACUGCUUUAAUGGAUAUGUAUAUAAACCUUGGCUGUAUUGGUGAUGCUCAUUGUUUAUUUCUUGAAAUGUCUAAGAGGGAUGUAGUUGCUUGGACAUUGAUGUUGACAGGCUUCUCAAGAAUUGGAAACUGGAACAAGACCAUUCAAUAUUUUAACAUGAUGAUGGGUGUAGAGGAAAUAGUGCUGGAUUCUGUUUGUUUGACAAGCAUCAUUUCAUGCUGCAGCUGUUGGGGAGCACUUCAACAGGGCAGGGGAGUACAUGCACUAGCCGUUAAAACUGGCUGUGAAGCCGAUGUAUUCCUAGGAUCAGCCAUUAUAAGCAUGUAUGCCAACUGUGCAAACUUGGAUGAUGCAAAAAGAUUUUUUGGAGCAAUGAGCAGAAAGGAUGUCGCGUGCUGGAAUGCCAUGAUUGCUGGCACUGCGAUGCACGGGUAUGGUAACGAUGCGAUUGAGCUCUUCAUGAAGAUGGAGAGUGCAGGCAUUGCUCCAAAUGACUCGACCUUGGUGUCUGUCUUGUGUGCUUGUAGUCAAGCUGGGAUGGUCGACAAAGGGCUCAAGAUUUUCAACAGUAUGGUUGAAAGUUGGGACGUUGUUCCUAAUCAGAAGCACUACGCGUGUGUUGUAGGCCUUCUUGGGCGUGCAGGCCGAUUGAACGAUGCCUACUCCAUCAUUAGCGAAAUACAUUUGCAGCCCGGUGUUGAGGUUUAUGGCGCAUUACUUGGUGCCUGCAAGGCUCAUGGAAAUAUUGAACUGGGGAUUAAGAUUUCAGAGAGGCUUUUUGAGCUGAAUCCAGAUGAUGCAGGGUAUUAUGUACUGCUGUCGAAUAUGCAUGCCUUUCUGGGGAAUCAAGAGGGUGUAAAGCUGACAAGAUUAUUGCUCAGAUCCAAAAACCUGAAGAAAGACCCCGGUCUGAGUUUGAUCGAGAUAAAUGGAGAAGUAUACAGGUUUAUGGCAAGUGAGAAGGAUCAUCCUCUAUAUCCAGAGAUCUCUGAGUUUCUGAAGGGUGUAAUCUUGAAAAUAGAAGCAGAAGGUUAUGUUGCUGACAUGAACUGUGUGUUUCAGGAUGUACCAGAUUUUGUUAAAAAGGACAUACUGUAUCACCAUAGUGAGAAGUUAGCUAUUGCUUUAGGAUUGAUGAGAACAAAGCCAGGUACAAUGUUAAGGGUAACAAAAAACCUGCGCACCUGCAACGAUUGCCACUCUGCAAGCAAGUUCAUCUCCAAGGUUUUUGGAAGAAAGCUGAUUAUUAAGGAUGCAAAUUUCUUCCAUAUGUUUCAAGAUGGCAUCUGUUCAUGCAGAGACUUCUGGUAAACACAGAUUGGCUAAGUCCAACACAAUCUAAAGCCUUUAAAUUACAAAAAUUAACUCAUGUAUUUACAAAACAAUACUUGGGAAGUAUAUGAAUAAAG